UAGGAUUUAAACCAGCUUAAUGCCUGUCCCUGAAUGCCGAUGUAAUUUUGUAAGCGAUCUAGGAGGAGAUCAUGGUCUAAUAACCUAGGCCCAUAACCUAAUAAAAGUAAAUUCCGCGUAUUGAAGAGCGCACCUACCUUUAUAGACUGUAUAAGCCCCGCCCACUUCUGAUCUGCCGCAGCUGUAACGUAUCGCUUCUGCACAUCUGCAAUUAGACCUAAAAAAAAAGUAUUUUUUUCCUGUUUUAGUUUCCCCCAUAUUUUAUUUUCCGUGCAGCCACGAAGAAACUGGAGACUGCCCUGUUCCUCUGUGAGUCUGUUCUGUAGUAUUAGAAGUAAAUAAAAAAAAUAAUAAUCCUUUUUUAUUUUUCAAAAAAAAUCUGUACAUUGCAUACGCUGAAACUGGUGACGUCAUAGACUUUCACGCGUCAGAGAGCGUUCAUGACUCGGUGAUGUAGCGUCCUUAUUUAUUCUCGUGUAUUCGGAAAAGGUGCUCGGUAUUGUUUACUGAACUCGAGGUUGUAAACAUGAUUAAUUCGGAAAUGAGUUCAGCAAUGGAUGAUCCAAAAAUGACUUCAGAGGAGGCUUCUUCUGAACAGAAGAGUGAGAAUGCUACAAAUGGUGUUGAUGAAACUCUGCAACAUAUCCAGCCCUGCCAUGUUUUUGGCAUUUGCAAAGAGGUAAAGAACAACUUGUUCUUUCUGGAUGAGAGAACAGUGAUUUUCCCAAGUGGAAAACAUUGUAUUCGUUAUCACAUGGAUCAGCGAUGGACCGAAUUCAUCACCGCUUCAAAGAAAAAGAAAGGCAUUCAGGCCCUGGCUUUAAGCCCCAACCGGCGUUACUUGGCUGUGUCAGAGAGCGAUAUAUGGGGUGCCAUCGCCAUCUUUGACUUAAAGGACAAGAAUUGCUCCAUGACACAGGUCCUUGAAGGCAGAGACUUUGACGUGCAGGAGUUCAUCUGCAUGUCUUUUAACGUCAAAUCAAAUUACCUCCUGGGUCAGGCUGGAGAACCCACAUGGACCCUUUUCUGCUGGGAGUGGAGCAAAAAGGAGCUCCUCUAUUCUAUUAAGACCAUGGAGAAUGGGCUUAUCAGCCAGGUCAGCUUUAAUCCGCAGGAUCACAGAGAGAUCUGUGUGACCGGAACAGAAGCUUUCAAACUCUUUGAAUUCAAGGACAACUCCAUAACAAUGACCAACUCAUUUAAAUUGGAGAACGAGGAUGCCCUGUGCCACACAUGGAUGUCCCGGGAUUGUGUCAUCGCUGGAACCGAGGCAGGAAACCUGUUAAUGUUUAAGUCCAAACAACCGCACAGGCUGGAAAGACCAUGUGAGAGAAAAACGGAGACAGACGACUCUUCUUCAUCUUUAACUGAGGAAGUUACAGCCAUCCAACGGUAUUCCAAGGGAUUUGCCUGUUCAGCCGGACCGGGAUUAGUUUGUCUCUACAAUAAAUCUGACCAGAACGAUACCUACAGAAAGACUGUGGAAAUAAUAAUUUCUGUCGACCCAAAUAGUUAUCAGCCGCUUCAGAAGAUUGCCACAAUGUGCAUUAGUCCAGCAGAGGAUAUGCUGGCCAUCACAACAGACCAAGGGCAACUGUUCCAUAUCAGCAUUGAAAUCCUGCCCAUGAUAUGUGAGAGUACGAAACCCCAGUUUGAAUAUCUUUUUCACGCUCUUCAUUCUGACAACAUCACUGGACUAUCCAUCUGCACGAUGAAACCCCUUAUUGCCACCUGCUCUUCAGACUGCACCAUACACAUCUGGAACUACAAGUCCAGCUUUCUGGUUCAACGUGAGGAGUUUGAUGAUAAGCCACUCUGUGUGUCGAUUCACCCAAAUGGCCAAUCCAUCCUGGUGGGCUUCUCCACUGAAAUCUGCCUCAUGAACCUGCUUUGUGACAACAUGCGCAUUGUCCAGAGUUUUAAGAUGUACAACUGUACUGAGUGUGUGUUCAAUCACGAUGGCAACAUGUUCGUCGCCAUCAGCAAGAACAUGAUACAUGUCUACAAUAUCAGAACACGUAAGAAACAGGACCUGAGUGGCCACACUAAUCAGGUGCAGUCAGUGAAGUGGUGCAGUGAUGACCGCCACCUGGUGUCAUGUGGGCUGGAUGGCGUUGUAUAUUUAUGGAACCUCCUGACUGGCAACUACGAGAUUAGGAAGGAGACAAACUUGAUCAUUGCAGAUAUGACGCUCUCCACUGUCACGGGGAACGUCUUUGUUGUAGACCGGUUCAGUGUUAAGGAGAUUUGUGAUGGAAAGAUCAUAGAUGAACAGGCCUCAGAUGGUGUGAUCUACACAGCCAUCUCUAUGACUCAUUUAGGUGAAACGAUCUACAUUGGGACUGCCACUGGUACUGUCAGAGUCAUCAAACAUCCAUUUGAAAAGGAUAAAACCUGGGAAGAACAUCAGGGCCAUUCUGGUCCUAUCACAAAAAUGACCGUCACACCCGGUGAUCAGUUUCUGUUGACCGCCUCGCAGGACGGCUCCCUCCUCAUCUGGGCGAUCAUUGACCAGUGCGGACGAAAGCUGGAGAUGGUGAAAGACCUUGAUUACGUUGAAGAAGUUCUUUGUACAAAGGAAUAUCUGGAGGAAAAGGAUCAGAUGAUACAUGAGCUCAAGUCCAAAGUCAGGUGGCAGGAAGUGAAGAGUAAACACAGACUGAAUCUGAAGAAUAUGGACUGCAGUAACAAGAUGAACAACAUUGCUCAGAAUUACUUGCAGAAAAUAGAUGCUCUGACAGCAACAAUCCAGGUGCUGGAAAAUCAUAAAAAGGAACAGAGUGUCUUUCACGAGAAGGUGUUGAAAGAUUUGAUGAAAAAUAUUGAGCAAGAGCAGAAGAAACAAAGACACAACUACAAUAAUAAGGUCUUUGUGGAAUAUGACAAGAACAUUGAGUUGGGGCAUAAAAUGCAUCUCAUGCAAGAGGAUUUCAAGAUGGAAAAGGACAGCCAACUUUGUGCCAUGGAGAAAAUGAAACAGGAUCUUGAAAACAAGAUUCAGGAGCUACAAACCAGUUUGGAAGAAGAAGUGAAGAAAUCCGAGGAGAGGCAGCAUGCGUUAAAUGAAAUAGCUGAAUCUGAGAUCAUAGAACUCUGCAAAGACUAUGAACAAGAUCUUAAGGUGGAGCAGGAGGCCAAGCAGAUAACUGAGCAUCAACUGAGACGCACAAAGAAGAAUGUAUCAGAGCGCUGGAAACUGAAAGACAUAAUAGAUGAAAAGAGCUUCAGGAUCUCGACGACAUUGGAAGAGAAGCAGGUCCUGGUGGACCAACUGAAGAACGAGAAAAAACACAUCAAGCAUCUCAGACAGACAAUGGAGAAGCAAAGCAAUACUAUCAAUGAACAGGAAAGCUCCAUCAAUAAGCUCCACACAACACUUCAAGACCUGGAGAUGAUCUUGAAUCACAAAGAGAAAGAAUUAAACGAUAUGAUCUUGGACUGCAAAAAGAAAACAGAAGAACUGAUUAACAGCAAAGAGAAGAGUGAACUGGAGCAAAUUCAGGCAGAACUACAGGAAUGUAAACAAAAGCAUGACGAGCUUGGUAAUGAGGCAGAUCAAGUCAAUAAGAGGAACAAUGAGAUCAUUGCUGACCUGAAGGAGAAGAUCAAAUUAAAGGACACAGCAUUGAGUGCAGAGAAGCAAAGGGUCAAAGACCUAAAUACUAGGGUGCAAAGGAUGAGGGUUGACAUUCACAACUGUACAAGCUUCAUCCAGGAGCCAGACAAGCUGAAGCAAAGCAUCAUAAAUCUCCACUCACGCUAUAUUGAUAAAGAAGUGUCAAACGAGAUGGAGGAUGAAAUCAUGCAAGAUUACGAUAGAAACCUGGCACAUUUGCAGAAUGUCGUGGACUCUGAAAAUGCAAGGCAUGCUCGGGAGCUCCAGCAUGAGAAAACACAAUACUCCAAGAAUGUAAUGGAGGGCCGCUCUUUACAUGCUCACAUUAAGGAGCAGAAACAAAGGUACAAGGGGCUGAUCGACAUCUCAAAAAAGAAGGAUACCCAUCAUGCCAAUACAGGAGCAAUUUCAACAAACCACAAGCUAAAAGAAAAUGUCCUGGACAAGAGCUAAAGAUAAGCAUUAUAACCUCAGAGUUCAUCAAGCCCUGUCAAAUUACCACCUGCUAAGACCAGAUCAAAUUAAUGCAAAAAAGAUGUUACAAUCGCUUCAUGUCCUUAUAAUGGUGCCUAAAUGUUCUAAACAAUGAGAAUAAAUGCUUUCUUGUUGAACCUGA